CCUCCCUGCACCCUAAAAUUUCCUCAGAAAUUGCUCCCAGUUAGCAUAUUUAUUUUUAUAAAGGUAAUGCAUGCCCAUCAUAUAACAUUGAAAAAGAUGGCCAGGCGUGGUGGCUCAUGCCUGUAAUCCCAGCACUUUGGGAGGCCGAGGCAGUCAGAUCACGAGAUCAGGAGUUUGAGAUCAUCCUGGCCAACAUGGUGAAACCCCAUCUCUACUAACAAUACAAAAAUUAGCUGGGCGUGGUGGUGCGUGCCUGUAGUCCCAGCUACUCAGGAGGCUGAGGCAGGAGAAUAGCUUGAACUCAGGAGAUGGAGGUUGCAGUGAGCUUAGAUCGUACCACUGCACUCCAGCCUGGUGACAGAGUGAGACUUGAAAGAAAGAAAGAGAGAGAGAAGAAAGAAAAAGAAAGAGAAAGAAAAAGAAAGAGAAAGAAAGAAAGAGAAGGAAGGAAGGAAGGAAAGAGAAAGAAGAAAGAAAGGAAAAGAAAGAAAGAAAGAAAAAAGAAGGAAAGUUUUAUUUGGAAUUACAGGCAGGGAGCAUCAUAUGCCUUAGUGUUUAGGGCCUCUCAGGUCAGCCAGCCCUGAGAAAAUCAGCCAUGGCGAGGACCUUGGCACCCAGCCCCCAGUCCCCAGCCCCUAGGAGACAGGCCCCCUGGUCAGACUCCCGGGGCAGGGCAGAGGCCUAGGGACAAGAUUUAGAAAGGACCCAAGUUUGACAAGGCUGCUCAGGGUCAUUUUGCCCAUGCCUCUGCCACAGUGGCAUGGACAAACCGCUUAUGUUGCUUAGAGGAGGGCACCCUUCUCUCUUGCAAGUGUUGACAAGGUCUUAACUAUCAAUCUCCUGCUCUCAUGGCAGCCCCUUUGGACAAGGAGGCUCUUAAUCUCUGUUCUUUGAAGCCCUAAGGACUGGUGUAUAGGAGUUAAAAGCAUCGGCUUUGGAACCAGACUGUCUGGGUUUGAAUCCUGGCGCUGCAGCUGACUCACUGAUGGACUUGGGCAAUGCCUUGAACUCCCUGGGCCUCAGGUUUCUUGUCUGUCAAAUGAGGAUAAACAGACCCCCUGUUUCAUAGGGCUGUGGUGAGAAACUAUUCAGACGAGGCAUAUGAGCACCAUUAUAGCACAGCGCCUGGCAUCCAGCAGGACUCACUCGAUGACAGCUGUCACUGCCAUCAUUGUUAUUAGUGUGGGCCAGGGAGGACUGUGUAAAAGCAGCAGGUGGAGGAGGAAGAGGUGCCGUGUGACCGUGUAGGUUCACAUACGUGAAGUAUGAGCUGGGCUUUUAGUGUGCAAGGCACAUAUGUGUCCUUACUGCAUGUGGUGUCACAUACGUGCAUGGCCAUGCUCCUGAGCCUUUGAUUGCAGACAUGUGGGAAGUGGGCCCCGUCCCCACCCCCAGUGCCACCAUACUCUGCUUCUCUUCCCUUGCUCUACUCUAAAAUGAGAAGUACAAGUGAGUUCCCCCAAGGGGUCGGCCGCGCCUCUUCCUGUCCCCGCCCUGCCGGCUGCCCUAGGCCAGUGGAGUGGCAGCUCCAGAACUGGGACCACCGGGGCUGGUGAGGCAGCUUGGCACUGGGAGCCACGUUUGAGGCUUAGUCCACGAGUUCUCUGCCUGCCCAGACUAGCUGCGUCGCCUCAUUCCCUGCGCCCCCUCCCUCUCCGGAAGCCCCCAGGAUGGUGAGGUGGUUUCACCGAGACCUCAGUGGGCUGGAUGCAGAGACCCUGCUCAAGGGCCGAGGUGUCCAUGGCAGCUUCCUGGCUCGGCCCAGUCGCAAGAACCAGGGUGACUUCUCGCUCUCUGUCAGGGUGGGGGAUCAGGUGACCCAUAUUCGGAUCCAGAACUCAGGGGAUUUCUACGACCUGUAUGGAGGGGAGAAGUUCGCCACGCUGACGGAGCUGGUGGAGUACUACACUCAGCAGCAGGGCGUCCUGCAGGAUCGUGACGGCACCAUCAUCCACCUCAAGUACCCGCUGAACUGCUCCGACCCCACUAGUGAGAGGUGGUACCAUGGCCACAUGUCUGGAGGACAGGCAGAGACACUGCUUCAGGCCAAGGGCGAGCCUUGGACGUUUCUUGUGCGUGAGAGUCUCAGCCAGCCUGGAGACUUUGUGCUGUCCGUGCUCAGUGACCAGCCCAAGGCUGGCCCAGGCUCCCCACUCAGGGUCACCCACAUCAAGGUCAUGUGUGAGGGUGGACGCUACACGGUGGGUGGUUCAGAGACCUUUGAUAGCCUCACGGACCUGGUGGAGCAUUUCAAGAAGACGGGGAUUGAGGAGGCCUCAGGCGCCUUCGUCUACCUGCGGCAGCCGUACUACGCCACGAGGGUGAAUGCGGCCGACAUUGAGAACCGAGUCUUGGAACUGAACAAGAAGCAGGAGUCCGAGGACACAGCCAAGGCUGGCUUCUGGGAGGAGUUUGAGAGUCUGCAGAAGCAGGAGGUGAAGAACUUGCACCAGCGCCUGGAAGGGCAGCGGCCAGAGAACAAGGGCAAGAAUCGCUACAAGAACAUUCUUCCCUUUGACCACAGCCGAGUGAUCCUGCAGGGACGUGACAGUAGCAUCCCUGGGUCUGACUACAUCAAUGCAAACUACAUCAAGAACCAGCUGCUAGGACCUGAUGAGAACACUAAGACCUAUAUCGCCAGCCAGGGCUGUCUGGAGGCCACGGUCAAUGACUUCUGGCAGAUGGUGUGGCAGGAGAACACCCGCGUCAUCGUCAUGACCACCCGAGAGGUGGAGAAAGGCCGGAACAAAUGUGUCCCAUACUGGCCCGAGGUGGGCACUCAGCGCGUUUAUGGGCCCUACUCUGUGACCAACUGCAGGGAGCACGACACGCCCGAAUACAAACUCCGCAGCUUGCAGGUCUCCCCACUGGACAAUGGGGACCUGGUUCGGGAGAUCUGGCACUACCAGUACCUGAGCUGGCCUGACCAUGGGGUCCCCAGUGAGCCCGGGGGCGUCCUCAGCUUCCUGGACCAGAUCAACCAGCGGCAGGAAAGUCUGCCUCGCGCAGGCCCCAUCAUCGUGCACUGCAGCGCGGGCAUUGGCCGCACAGGUACCAUCAUUGUCAUCGACAUGCUCAUGGAGAACAUCUCCACCAAGGGCCUGGACUGUGACAUUGACAUCCAGAAGACUAUCCAGAUGGUGCGGGCGCAGCGCUCGGGCAUGGUGCAGACGGAGGCGCAGUACAAGUUCAUCUACGUGGCCAUUGCCCAGUACAUUGAAACCACCAAGAAGAAGCUGGAGGUCCUGCAGUCGCAGAAGGGCCAGGAGUCGGAGUAUGGGAACAUCACCUACCCCCCAGCCAUGAAGAACGCCCAUGCCAAGGCCUCCCGCACCUCAUCCAAACACAAGGAGGAUGUGUAUGAGAACCUGCACAGUAAGAACAAGCGGGAGGAGAAAGUGAAGAAGCAGCGGUCAGCAGACAAGGAGAAGAGCAAGGGUUCCCUCAAGAGGAAGUGAGCGGGCGCUGUGCUCAGCCUCAGCCCAGACCCUGCGGAAGCCUCCCACAGUGGACAGACCCACAACCUGAACCUAGGAGUGCCCCAUUCUAUUGUAAUUUAAAUGGCUCCAUCCCUCAUACCUCUCCCUGAUCCUGUAUAUAGCCCAGCCAGGCCCCAGUCAGGGCCAGCCCUUCUCCUCUUGUAAAUAAAGGCCUGGGAUUACUGUG